AUGAAAUCCCAAAAUAUAAAGGUUGCAAUGAAUAAGGACUCGGCUCCUGAAAGCGAAGAACAAAAAUUUAAACAGAAAUGCAAAGAAUUAAAGAAAAGAAUAAUCGAGGUCGAAGAGAGCAAUGAAAUAUCAACGAUAGCGUUAUCUAGAACAAAAGCUGCUAUCCGUCGUUUAAGACUUGAGUAUUCGAUUCUUUUGGAAAGACUAGAGGAUCGCGUUGUUAUGAUACCUAAUGGAAAUUAUGAUGAGGAAGAUAUGACUCCUCCACCAUCACCGACAAUACUUGAUGAAUCCUUGAAUAGUUCAAAUACUAAGCUUACAAGAAAUGGGUUAUCAAAGAAGGGUAAAAGAGGUAAAACGGGAGCAAAUCUGGCUGGAACAGGAGGCGGUCCAAACCGUGUUCAGAAGAUUAGGGAUCCUGAUUUGCCCAAGAGGCCCACUAACGCUUAUUUAAUAUUUUGUGAAAUGGAAAAGGAACGCAUAAAGAAAGAACUAGAGGAGAAAAGCCCAGGUGCGGUCACUGAUCUUUCUAAAACCUUAACAGAGAAUUGGAAAAAUUUGAAUGACGAAGAACGUAAACCAUAUUAUAAGUUGUAUGAGGAUGAUAGGGAGCGUUAUCAAAGAGAGAUGGUUGUAUAUAACCAAAAGAAGCAAAUUGAAACAGAUGAGAAGAGAUUAAAUAAAAGACAAAAGCUUGAUGGCACUGCUACAUUAGAUGAUUCUAAUUUGAAAACGGACUCGAAGAUUGAUGCGCUUGGAAAUGAUGUGGCUAAUAGGGAUCGUCAUACUACGGGCGAAGAUGAUGGAGCUGAGGCUAACGCUGUAAAUCCUAAUUUGAAUACUGUAAUGAAUGAAACUCAAACACUAGAUAAAAGUAACGAACCCGAUUUAAACUCGGAAGACUCUAAGGAUCACUGA